UAGAGCUCGUUCCUUGGACAUACACCGAUGAUGUUCGCAGCGCUAUGUUCCUUAUCGACAAUAUAACUUCCUUCAUCAUCGUGGUGACAUUAUCCUUUAUGAUGACGCUUCGUGUCCAUGCUCUUUGUGGGCAACCUAAAAGCCUUUUGCACUUUCUGCUUGGUUUCUUGGCUAUAAAAGAAACAGUAGCCGUAGCUACCAAAGUUCUUGAAUAUAACGCGUCAAAGGGAUCUCAAGUUGGAGGGGCAGUUUUGUCGGGCAUCCCAAUGUGUGUGUUCGCGCCAUCAGGGGCAUACCCGUGGAUCAACUCCUUGACGAACGGAAUGAGCCUGUCAUUUGAGACUGCUCUAUUCUCUUGCACAAUAUAUAAGUUUGUUGGCCAUAUCAAGGAAUCCGGCUUACAUUCGAUGCCAGGGAUGGAAGGCUUUUUCUUGAUACUCAUCAAAGAUCACGUUUUAUAUUAUCUUCUUGCAUUACUGGCGGACGUGUUCACCACUCUCAAUAUUGUCCCUGCGCUUCAGCAGUCAAACUCGACAGGUACUAUAUGGGAUUGCGUUGUUAUUGUACAACAAGCGUGGAUCAUGGCAGUAAUGGGGCCGCAACUAAUGAUUGGACUACUUAAGUCGGAGGCAAGACUACAAACAAGGGACGGAUUCUUAGAGAAUCCACUUGAAACUAUGGUGUUUGCCCUGGGUUCAGAGGAUAUACGCCGUUUGACCGUGGAGUUCUCCAACGUUGAGGCACAGGAUUAAAUAUAUAUCCUCAGAAACUGCCACUAGUAGUCCUCUACCGGGGCAGGAAAUGUGUCUGUGUUAAUGGUUAGCAUAUCAUCUUCUAUGGUACACGAACCUAGAAAC